GCCCGUGUGUGCAGUGAACUCAAUCACCCCAAGCUCUGGCCGUGAUAAGACCAAGCGGGGUCUCCUCUCUGCGCAUCGGUAACCGUGAUGUCUCCUCACGCUGGCCUCAUUCUCCUUGCCCUAACGUGGCUGGGAUCAUUUGCCCUGGUGAAUGGCAAUCGCCAGGCAAGCUCUCAUCUUAAUCUUCCAGCGAACGCUGAGAGAUAUAAAAGAAAUAAUCUGGCUCAGUUGUUUGCAGCAGAAGACUCGGAAACUAAUCUGCCACUGCAAAACAAGAUCUCUGUUUUGCGGGGCUUGAAGGUGACCGACAACAUAAGAAGCUUCAGAAGGAGAAGAAGCGCCGUGUCCAUUGGAAGAUCUCUCCACUGGCACGAGCUUUUCACAGUCAAGAACAAACACCGCGUUAAGAGGCAGUGGAAUAUCCCCCCCAUCAGCAUUCCUGAAAACGAUGCGAACCAUUUUAUAAAGUAUCCGGUCUCGAUCACAUCUGACCAGAAUCAGUUCAUCGACGUGCGGUACAAGCUAACUGGCUUUGGCGCUGACAAGGACCCCGUUGGACUCUUCACCGUGGACCCAGCGACAGGAUUCCUGGGACUGACUCGAGCCGUGGACCGCGAGGAGUACAGUGUCUUCACUCUGCAAGGUCACGCAUUCUCUCUCCAAGGCAGGCGGGUGGAGGAGCCCUGCAACUUGACAAUCGCUGUCAUCGAUCAGAACGACAACUUUCCAAUAUUCACCGUCACCUCCUUGGCUGGCUUUGUCCUUGAGCACUCUCAAGUCGGUACCACGGUCAUGAAGAUCAUAGCGAUGGAUGCCGAUGACCCCAAGACAAUGAAUGGGCAGGUGCAGUACGAGCUCAUCUCUGGGUCGAAUAUUUUCUCCCUGGACAAGCUCACGGGCACAGUCAAGGUGGCAAGCGCUGUGCUGGAUCGAGAGGUGACGGAGGAGUACACCAUCACAGUGAAGGCGUCGGACAGCCAUGGGCUGCCGUUUGCCCUCACCACCUUGGCAAAGAGCGUCAUCACCAUCGUCGACAUCAACGACAAUGCACCCUUCUUUGUCGUCAGAGAGCUGUAUGCAACUGUUGUGGAAAACACCAUCAAAAUGGAUGUGGUUAGAAUUUCUGUCACAGACCGAGACAAAGUGAACACGAAACACUGGUGGGCUGUGUACUCUAUCGCCAACGGAGACAUGCAACGACAUUUUCAAAUCAUCACGGACCGCAAAACUAACGAGGGAGUCAUGUCUUUGAAUAAGACUCUCGACUACGAGGAGACAAAUCGCUACGAGCUGUCGGUCACGGUGCAGAACGAGACGCCGCUGGUCGGCGUGACGCCGAUUACCCAGAUCUGCAGGGUGAUCAUCACGGUGGUGGACCAGGCCGAGCCGCCCGUCUUCAUGCCGGUGCAGACGGUGGUCACGCGGAAGUAUGGCGUGGCCAAGGGCAGCAGUGUGGCCACCGUGGUGGCCCGGGACCCAGAUAACGAGCACAACACCAACAUCAGGUAUGAGAUUCUGCGGGACGCGGCCAAUGUGCUGGCGAUCAACUCCGUGACGGGAGAGGUUACUUCGAAGGCCCAACUGAGCCGAGACUCAUCCUUUAUCUACAACAACACAUACACCGCAACAGUCAUCGCUAUAAAGGAUGGUUCGCCUCCUCUUACUGGGACGGGCACGGUGGUCAUCAUCGUGGAUGGCGCCGACAAUGGACGACUCGGCCUGGUCAGCAGCAGCUACUGUGUGGAGAAGGCGUCGCAGCAGGCACAGCUAACCCUCGUAGCUCGAGAUGAUGGCUCGCCCGGUGACCGCCCGCUCACCUUCUCCCUACCCAGCAGUUACGACAACUCCAAAUACAAGUGGACCUUCGAUGCGACGAGCGACACAUCAGCCUUGAUGUCGUUAGAGAAGGGCAACCUGGAGUGUGGAACUCAAGAAGUCCCCGUGUCCAUCACGGACAAGCCUGGCCUCAGCAAAACGUCCGUGGUGUCUGUCAAGGUGUGCGACUGCAUGGCAGGUGCUGGCGGAGCGAUAGGCAUUCACAAGGAACUGGUCGAUCGAGCGGGUGGAGUGGGUGGAGUGGCUGGGGGUGUUCCUGGCUACGCCCAUGGUGGAUCUGGGAUUGGCCUUUCCGCAGGAGCGCUGGCUGCAAUUAUCUGCUCACUCCUGCUCUUGCCUCUCCUCGCUGUGGGACUGUUCUGUGCGGCCUCGAAACUGUUUCCGAAGAAAGGAAAAGCAAUGAUUGUUGGGAAUGACACAAAAGGAUUGGUCGUUAACUACAUGGGAGAGGCAGGAGAGCAAGACCAGGACAUGAGCACAUUCCAGGCGUUCAGUAUGAACAAGCAGUACUCGAGUGCAGAAAAGACCGUGCUCUCAUCCGCCGCCAACCUCGAUGAGCAGGAAGAUUCUGCACUGCUCAAAGUGGAAGCACAGAACAUCUCCGCGCCCAUGAGUAGCGCCAACCUCACGGAAAAAAUAGUAACGACCAGCACCACCAUGAAGAAAACCACGCAGCACUCGUCGUCGUCAUCGGCGCAGCGGCAGCAGCAGCAGCAGAACGGCAUGGGAGGCAUCGCGCAGGCCGGGCUGGGCCGUGCUGCCCACUCUGGGGAUGUGGCAAAUGCCAUGGCGGCGAGAGAGCACGUGGCCACCGCCAACGGCUCCGCGACCGUCGCGAGCAGCAACGUCAGCAGCAUCAGGGGCACGCUCAGACCCACGUCCCCUUUCGCUCAAGCCGUGAGCCCCACUGUGAGGCUCGGCCAUGGGGGUGGAUGGGCAGCCGGGCACAGCACGGCCACAGCUCAGUUUAGCGACGGGGUACAGCAGCAGUGGCAGCAGGCCGCUGUCUACAGGGAGGAUGCUCCGGUGGCCAGCGAGACCUUGCGUUUCAAGAGUGCCAAGGCCAUGGGUGGCUAUAAACUGGGUCAAGAAAACAUGGACAAGGUUCUUUACAAGGUGAAGUUGCUGGUGGAUGCUGACCCAGCCAUGAUGCCGCUGGACACACGCUUGAUCUACAGCUAUGAAGGGAGGUGCACACCUCCUGAUUCAUUCUCCUGCCUCACUGACCUCAACUUGCAAUAGAUAGAGACAAGCCAACACCCCAUCAAUCCAACCAUCCAAUUCGUUCAUCUGUCCCAUCCAGUUAUUAACUAGUCAAUGCAUCCAUUCACCAUUCAACCAUUCAUCCAUUCAUCUAGAAGUUAUUCCAUCCAUCCGUCUGUUUCACCAUCCAUUUAUCUUUGUUUCCAUCCGUUCAUCUAUUUUUGUAUCCGUUUGUAUAUCCAUAUCUCUUUUUGUCGAUCCCACACCUCCGAUUAGCACGGUUGGCUCUGUACGGUAUAAACGAAGUUCAACAUACAUACAUAUACAUACAUGUAUCUAUUUGAGCCACCCAUCCAUGUAUUCUUCCAUCAAUCAAUUUGUUCAAUCAUCCACCAAUUUAUCCAUCCAUACACCCUUGUACGUGUCUAUCCAUUCACCUUGAAUGCAAAAAUCGGCUUCUGGCAGACAGUUUUUGUAUCUUUCACAAAUAAAAAUUGUGCUAUUGAUAUUAAGUCACAUGUAUAUUUACACUAGGCCUCUCUUAUCCAGCAUUCGCCAGCACUUUAGCCCUCAAAGUUAAGCUCGGCUGAAUUAAGUUAAAUGUGUAGUAUAAAUGUUAGACAUUUUUGUGCAGUCGUUGGUGACCAGGCUCAGACCAUCAGUUAUAUACUGGAGAACUUGCUUUACUCGUGAUGACUCUGUCGUGUGACACAGCCAUUAUGAUUAUUACUUGCUCUUGCUUGUGUUGUGACACGGUCAUUUUGAAUCUCGCACCCUCUAACUCUCUUUUAAGCCCCCUUUUCCUACCAAGCUGCUACGACCAUGUUCAAAUUGAAAACCCUUACGACAACAGUGGUGCAUUACUUUUGCGUAACAAUAUGGAUGGGAUGUCAAAUAUUUCACCACAUGUUUUUAGGAUCUCCUGUGCACAACCGCUGAACUGUACACCUUAAUUUAGCUGUUAAAGAUAUGUGGUGGUUCACCAGGUGACUGUCUGCUGUAAAAGCAAUGUAAAGAUGAGGCUGUUAAAAUUUAUUUCAAAACCAUUUUUUAAAUGCAGUCGCUAGUGCAGUGGUUCUCAAACUGCAGUACACAAGGCAGUAGGAAUUAAGUGGUCCGUGGGACUAUUGCAGAUUCUACAAUUUAGAGUAUUAACUUUUUUUACAAAUAUUAUUGGUGCAUACUGUAGUGUUACGCAAAUUGCUAUGAUAGUUGACAGUGAGUCCAGAAAGUUUGGGAAUCACGUCACUCGUGUAUGGUUUGACAUUAUACAACUCGGCACACAUACCUGUAAAAUUUGUUUGUUUACUUAUUUCUUUAAGAAAAGUUGCUUAUGUUCGCUGAGGGCCAAGGCAAUUGGUUUAACGUAGCCGUGCUGUAGUAGUAGUUUUUUAAAACUUAUUUUCGUGUGUUUGUUUGGGCACGGACAAUGGGGUGGGUUGCGAUGAGGCUUCACUGCUUUCUAUAUAAAGUGCAUUGUUUGGGUGAAUGUCAGGGACGUUGGGUCAUGUUAAAGCGAUGCGCUCACAUGCACAUCAAACCCAAAUUUAUCACACCAUCAAUAUCCCACAUGGCAAAGAAAAUCAUGACCAUAUUCUUGCGGUCUAGAUUUGCUUGCAUUGUCCUACUGCAUUGGCACAGAGCAAUUAUUUUGAUCAAUGUUUUGUUAUCCUUAAUCAACAGACCUGAGACAAAGUUAUGUUCGUUGUAACAUGUGGAUUAUCAUGACAUUACUUUCAUGCGACGCAAACAUUACAUUCAGUGGCAUGUCUUUAUGAACCUCACGUAAGGCAAUGGGUGUUCUAUUGUGAAUGUUUUUUGAUCGGGGUCUAGCGAUGCGACGAUUAAGAAUUUUUCUCUGGAUUUUAAGGCACUUGGCAUAUUAAGAGACGCCCCAAAUAUUUGCCCGGUGUCAAUAAAGUAUACAAAUCUGGUCUCGCGAGCACGCACACACACCAGAUAGUAAGAAUCACCCCCAACUAUCGCUUUAAACUACAUGGGGGGAAAGGGCAUCUUAUAAUCCAGAGACUACGGGAAUAUCCAUCCAUAAACUAAAUGAUUUGCGCAUCAAUGCACACCUGUACGUAAUGGGUUCACGUUGACCACUGUGGUCACUAGAGGCCGCUACCAAAACAGCAAUGAUUAUAGAGUGGAAUUACCACACUGAAUUGCAACAAUUACCCGAGUCACUGAGUGACUGAACCGUAAUGCCUCUAUUGCUCUUCCAUGCCAAUCAAAACAUCGUAUUUUUUCCCGCAGGGAAAUGUUAGCUGUUGACCAUUUUCUAUACUCUUUGGUUCUAUUCGGUAAAGUCACGUAGGUAAAAAAUAAAACAACAAAAAUCACGACGUUUCGGCCACAACACAAGCGGCCAUCAUCAGGUGAAGGGACCAGACUGUCUCGAAGACUGCGCUGGAGUGAAACAGAGCCAAGCUCAAACCACGGCCUUUAAGCUGUGUGAGAGGGAUUAAGGUGCCUUGACAAAGGAAUUAGCAUAAAAAAUUAGCAUUUAAUUGGCGGACUUGGCAUGAUGAAAGGUGUAGUGGUGAACAUGCGGGUGCACAUGCACCCGCAUGUGCUGCGAAAGUUUGGGGUACCACUACUUGAAAAAAAUAAUAAUUGUUGACCAUUUCACAAGUUAAGUGAAUGUUAUAUAUUGCACAAUGUCUAAUUAUACUCUCUGACAUUAUAAGCGUUGUUUUGCCCUAGAUAGUAAGAAUUGUAUUUGCUUCAUAGCGAGAAGCUGAAUUACUCAUUUGUAACUGUGGAAGUUAUAUUGUGAUGAGUAAAUAAUACAUAUCCACAAAAGUGUCGUUUUAUAUUAAGCGAGCUUCCAAAAAACGUCAUUGUAAUUGGCUAUGCACUUUCGACCUCAUUUUGAUAAAACAUGUUAGGAAUAAAUCAUAUUUAGUGUUGUUUUAAGCCUUUGGUAAAAAAAAAAUUGGAUAGAAUGUGAGAUUAAAUUGCAUGCAUUUGCACACACAUUAUGUUACAGUUAGUUUUAAUAACUUGUUCUCCACACAUUCCAAUUCUUGGGUUAUGGCCUCGAUUGACAUAAACCAUGACAUAAAUAAUUCACAAUGAUUCGACGGCAGUGUCAUUGUGUAGAGUAAUAUGUUAAAACUGUGAUGCACUUACACAAUUAUAUACAUUCUUAGACAAUGCAUCCCCAUACCAAGAGUUUGAGCAGUAUCUCUUUUGGUGAUUGUGAGCCUUCAGUGAAAACUCAAACAUUCUUAUGACUGAGACCAAUCUAUAAAUAAUAUA